ACUCAGACGACUAUUUUUCAAGUGUUUUUUUCUCUCAUAUCAAUCAAUAAAAAUAGCUUGCACUAUUGUUUAUCAUUGUUAGUAACAAUAAUCACACUUGAGCGAUCACAAUCGUUUUAACAAUAAACAACACAAGACAAGAUGACAAUUGUUGAAUUUUUCUUUGAUAUUCGAUCACCAUUUUCAAGAAUUCAAUAUGAAUUACUUAUUCGACAACAGAAUCAUUGGAAAUCAAUGACUCAAUUACGAAUGACGCCUGUUUUGAUUCGAAAUAUUUUCGAAGCAUCGGGUAAUUUAUCUCCGGCAAUGAAUCCAGCAAAACUAGCUUAUCUUACACGAGAUUUGGUCAUGCUAGCCGAUUAUUACAAGAUGAAGUAUGCCACACCCAAGGAAUUCCGCAAAAUUGUCACAGAAUCUCCGAUGGCUAACACACAGUUAUUCUUGACGGCCAUCCAGAAUCAUUCGGAUGAAGCUACAUUUAAUCGUUUGGUGGGUGUUAUUUUUGAUGGUUUUUACCAGGAAUCACCACAACAAGUCUGGCAAGUUGAUGUUCUACGACAAUUGGCCAUGAAAGAAGGAAUAGCUUCUGAUGUGGUUGAAAAAGCUAUCAAUGUAAUGGAAAGCGAUGAGAAUCGAGCUCAAUUGGAGAAAAAUACUAAACGACCAAUCGAAUUGGGUGGAUUUGGUCUUCCAAUCACUCUAGUGCAUAGUGAUAAUAAUAAUGCCAGUUGGGUUUUCGGUUCAGAUCGUAUGCACAUUAUUGGUCAUUUGUUGGGUGAAAAAGAACCACCCAUUCUUCGAUCUUAAUUUUUGUUUUUGAUCAUUAAAAACAAAUGACAAAAUUUUUUUGUUUCAAAAAAUAAAAUAAAGAAAUUUA